GGCCGAUUACUGGAAAUCUCAGCCAAAAAAGUUCUGCGAUUACUGCAAGUGCUGGAUAGCAGACAACAGACCUAGCAUUGAUUUUCAUGAAAGAGGAAAGAAUCAUAAAGAAAAUGUGGCAAAGAGAAUUAGUGAGAUUAAAAAGAAAAGCUUGGAAAAAGCAAAAGAAGAAGAAAACAUGUCAAAAGAAUUUGCAGCAAUGGAGGAGGCUGCAAUGAAGGCAUAUCAAGAGGAUUUGAAAAGGCUUGGAAUUAAGCCAGAUGAUGUAGGUCCCAGUUCGACACAGAGUAAAACACAGAGUAACACAGUGGAAACUAAAGGAAAGAAAGAAAAGAAAGAGAAGAAGGAAAAGAAAGAAAAGAAAAAGAAGACAUCUCAGGACACCUCAGUGCCACAAAAAAGUGAAACGAAGGAGUGGGUGCAAGGAUUUUCUCCUGAAGGCUAUACAUACUACUACAACACAAAGACAGGAGAAUCACAGUGGGAGAAACCUAAAGGAUUCCAGGGCAACUCUCAAAACUCACAGACGGCAGCAGAGUGGGUAGAAGGUGUCACUGAAGAUGGUCAUACCUAUUACUAUAACACACAAACAGGAGUAUCCACAUGGGAGAAACCGGAUGUGUUUGUUUCAUCUUCAAAUGAGAAGAGGCAACGUGGCAAGCAUUCUGAAGAGCUUGCAGAAACAGAUUCCAAAGCGUCUGAAUCAGACUCAGAAGAUAGUGAAAAUGAAGCACAGAACUCAGAAAAAAAAUUCAAGAGGAAUGGUGAAGAAUCAGAGGAAGGGAAAAAAUCUCCUAGAGCUAAAAAGUUAAGUCCUUAUGGGAAAUGGCGAGAAGUUAAAUCAGAGGAAACUGUUGAUAAAGAGGAGAGCACAUCAGCUUCCCAAGAAACCUCCAGUGAUGCACCUAACAAGACCAACCCUUACGGAAAAUGGAAACCAAUUAAGGCAGAAGGAGAAGAAGACGAAGAAGAAGAACCAUGUGAAAAAGUGGACCUGGAGCUUCCUAGUACAGAGAGUGACAGUCUACCACCUCCAGUGCUAGAGGUGCCAGAAGAUUCAACAGUGAUAUUUAAAGAGAAGACAGUCACCUCCCUUGGAGACCAGACAGAAGGGGUACCAACAUUUAAAAAGAGGAAAUUUGAAAAUGGAAAAUCUAGAAACUUAAGACAAAGACUAAGUGAUCAGUAAUACUUAACAAAUCAUUUUAGACUCCGUUUAAGCUAGAGUGAAUCAAAAGAUUAAUAUUUUAAACAGGCUUUUAUAAAGA